UCAAGACAACUUGAGUCGAUAUUGAGAAACGCUGCAAGAAUAGUGGAUUUAAUUUCAAAGUAAUGUAGCGUAGUUUCUUACUGACAAACCUGUUUUGUGUGCUUGUUUUUCCGGGUGAUGUGAUUUGAACAGACGAUAAAGAAGAUGAGCGGGAACGACAUCUUUGAGAUGGAGUCUGUAACUGACACGGAGGACUUGGAGGCAGAUUUGGGCAUGAUAGAGGAGGAAGUGGUUUACCCCGAGGAAUUUCUGCCCACAUAUGAAACAAUUACAGAAGGAUCAGCAGUAGCCAAGGCACAACUGACAGAGUUUAACGACAAACCCGACUCCUUAUUCUUCAAUGACGGCGUGCGCCGCAUCGACUUCAUUCUGGUCUAUGAGGACGAGGAGAAGAAGGAGUUCGAGAAGAGGCACAUGUUCCAGCGGCGCAAACGACGGCGAGAGUAUUUUGAGGCCAGCCUGAUGAAGAUGGGAUUGGAACUGGAGGCCACGAGAUCUGUAAUAGAUGAAAAGCUGUUGUUUGUCAAGGUCCACAUGCCAUGGGACGUGUUGUGCACCUACGCUGAAGUCCUACACAUCAAGCUUCCUAUCCAGCCCAAUGACCUGUCCUCUCGCCCUUCCCCUUGGCGCUACAUCUCCUGGAUCACAAAGCCCUUCUACCCUAGCGAGGACCUGAUCACCAAGGAGACUGAGUUCUUCACGGCACCCUUUGAGAAAGAUCGCGUAGAGUACUUCUACGUGAAGGACAGAGAUGUCUUCUUCACUCCGUCCAUGAGGAGCAGGAUGGCAUAUUACAUCUUGAGCCGUGCCCCAUAUGAAAUACGAGGGAACAUCAAGAAGUUUGGGAUCACGAAGCUGCUGGGUAGUGGCGUGUACAAAGCUGCUUAUCCCCUCCACGACUGCCGGUUCAACGUGACGUCCAAAGAAGAGGGCUGCCCCAACGAGAGGUUUCUGCUCUAUGAAGAAUGGGCUCAUCCCAAAAGCUUCUACAAGAUGCAACCGCUUGACCUCAUACGAAAGUAUUAUGGGGAGAAAAUCGGCAUUUACUUCGCCUGGUUGGGUUUCUACACAAUCAUGCUCGCACUGGCUGCCGUUGUGGGACUUGGUUGUUUCAUUUAUGGCUACAAAACACAAGACACCAGCACUUGGAGCAAAGAGGUGUGCGACCCGAACAUCGGAGGAGUGAUCGUGAUGUGUCCGCAGUGUGACAGGGAGUGUACGUACUGGAGGUUAAACAGCACAUGUGAAGCGUCAAAAAAACUUUGCAUAUUUGAUAACUUCGGAACAUUGGUGUUCGCUGUUUUUAUGGCAGUCUGGGUUACUUUGUUCCUGGAGUUUUGGAAGCGCUACCAGGCGGAGCUGGAGUACGAGUGGGACACUGUGGAAUUCCUGGAGCAGGAAGAGCCGCCGCGUCCAGAAUAUGAAGCCAGAUGUAUCUAUGAGAGGAAAAACCCCGUAACACAGGUGAAGGAGAAGGUGCCUUAUACGAAGUGUGGACGAUGCCUUCGGGUGUCUAUCGGAAUGGGAACAGUUUUAUUUUGGAUUCUAUUAAUCCUGGCGUCCAUCGUGGCCAUUAUUGUGUACCGCCUGGCCGUGUUCUUCACCUUCUCAGCUAAAAUGAGAGCUCAGAACUUGAAGGAGCUGGAGCCAUUUAUCGAGUAUGUGACACCUCAGAUGGCCACAUCUGUCACAGCCUCCAUCAUCAGCUUUGUCGUUAUCAUGAUCCUCAACAUCCUCUACGAAAGGGUCGCCAUCUGGAUCACAGAUUUCGAGCUUCCGCGGACAAAGACUGAAUACGAGAACAGUCUGACUCUGAAGAUGUUCCUGUUUCAGUUUGUCAACUAUUACUCCUCCUGUUUCUACAUCGCCUUCGCCAAAGGAAAAGCUGUUGGGUAUCCCGGAGAUCCUGUUUACCUCUUGGAAAAAUAUCGGAAUGAGGAGUGCGAUCCUGGUGGUUGUUUGAUUGAGUUGACAACUCAGCUUUCUAUCAUCAUGGGUGGAAAAGCCAUCUGGAAUAACAUCCAAGAAGUCUUACUUCCGUGGGUGAAAAAUUUGAUUUUCCGUUACUGUACCCGUGUGAGCUCCGAGAAAGUGAUUCCUCGCUGGGAGCAGGACUACCAGCUCCAGCCCAUCGGGCAACUCGGACUGUUCUAUGAAUAUCUGGAGAUGGUCAUCCAGUUUGGCUUUGUGACCCUGUUUGUGGCGUCAUUCCCGCUGGCUCCCGUCCUGGCUCUGGUCAACAACCUGUUUGAGAUUCGGGUUGAUGCUUGGAAAAUCACCACUCAGUUUCGCCGUAUGGUGCCGGAGAAGGCUCAGGACAUAGGAGCCUGGCAGCCAAUUCUUCAGGGUGUCGCCAUCGUGGCUGUGGCAACAAACGCUAUGAUCAUUGCAUUCACAUCAGACAUGAUUCCGCGGUUGGUCUACUAUUGGUCCUUCUCUGUGUACCCAUAUGGAGAGCAUAGUGGCCACACCAUGGAGGGCUACAUCAACAGCUCCCUGUCCAUAUUCAGCAUCGACGACUUCUCAAACCAUAGCAAGCCUCUCUACACACCUCACUGGUUCAGCAACCUCACCACCUGCAGGUAUAGAGAUUUCCGGUAUCCUCCCGGCCACUCCAAAGAGUACACGCACAACAUCCGCUACUGGCAUGUGAUCGCUGCCAAAAUGGCUUUUAUAAUUGUUGUUGAGCACAUCGUUUACCUUACAAAGUUCAUCCUGUCCUACGUGAUCCCAGACGUGCCUUACGCUGUCAAAGAACAAAUCAAACGAGAGAAAUAUUUGACCCAGGUUAUCCUCCACGAGACCAACCUGAAGCUGGUGACCAAACGUUUGAAACCGGGAGCCCACGCCGACCCCUCCGGCGCCGCUGACGACAAACCAUCCAAGAAGGAGCUGGAUCUCGAUUUCUGACGUAAAAUAUUUCAGAGCAGCAUUCCGAAAGGAAAACUCACUGAAUCCGUCACACAAAACGCAGGAUGUUUCGAAGCCGUCGCAUUUACACACACGUAAAAUAGCACCUUUCCUUGUCUGAUGCCAUCGUAAAAUAUCAUCUGAUAAUUCUCACCAUGAUAAAAGCGAGGUGGGUUCAGUUGUGAAUGCAGCUUUCAUCUCCCUCUGAAUCUCUUCUUUACUUUUAUUCAGCCACUUCCAUAUGCGUACCAUUACCACUGCACAAUAUCUGGACUGUAUGUUUUAGCCUGUGACUGACAGUAUCAUGUUUUAACUGUCCCAUUUUAUGACUGGAAUAUUCGCUCAAUACUGUGGUAUUAUUUGCACACCCUGUGUUUUAAUCUGUGGUACUAUAAAGGAUCAUGCUGGGAUUUUACUCCCUAGGCUCUCAGGGUCGCCUUUUUACUAGGGAUAAAAGCAAAUUAAAUCACUGCAUAAUUGACUUAUAACAUGAACACCGUAUUUGCUCUACUCCAAGUUCAGUUGAGUUUAACCACUGCUUCUUUGAAUCUGGUGAGGAUACCCCCUAGUUGUCUCCCUAGGGAGGUCUUCCUAGGCACAUCCAACUGGGAAGGGGCCCUCAAGGAAGACCCAGGACACACUGAUUUCUCAGCUGGCUUGGUAACACCUCAGGAUUCCUCCAGGAAGAGUUAGAGGACUUUGCUGAGGAUAGGGAAGUGUGGGAUGAGCUGUUGGAUCUGUUGCCACCCAGAUACAGAUAAGCUGCAGAAAAUGAAUGAAUGAAUGAAGUGCCAGAUAGAACAGAGAAGAUCCCUGCAGAGAUUAACGUGUGCAUGUUUACCUCAUUAAAUUGAAAUUUUAAAAUGACCCAUUAUAUGGUUUGCCGCUUACCUUAGCCAUGCUUUCUCAUCAGUAAUUGAAUUGUAAUGCCUCAGAGGCGAGCAGUAUUGUGUUGAAUAAUUCUGAUUUUGUCCUGAGUGAAAGGAUGAACCCCAAAAUGACUAAAAAUAGAGCUAAGAUUGUAAAAUCCCAGUCCUCCUUUAACCUUCUUUUAUGCAAACAGGAUGGCUUACUAACAACAGCACUGAUGUAUAUCUGUUUUAUAUGUUAAAAAAAAUUUAAAUUGUAUUUUGUCAAAUUUCCCCCAAUAUUUCGUACUCAAAGUUGAACGUAAAAGAAAUAUCCGUUGAAACAAAUGCAUAUUUGUAUAUUAUGUAUAUUACAUAUGUAUCAUAAUGAAUGUUCCAGCCCUCCCCCUCCCA